UUCUCUGCCUCCGCGCUCUUCCCCAGAUCUGACGCCCUCAUGUCGCGUCGAUCUCCUACAGGCGACUCGGGGGAGCGCAAACCCUUGAAGAAGUACGGCAAGGCCGCUGCUAAGGAAGCGCUUGUGCGCAAGUUGGCCAAACAAGCGCCGAGCAAGAUGAAGGCGCGGGGAGCGAAGGCAGUCGGUCAGAAGGUCUCGAAUAGCGCGUCUGAGAGCACUGUAUGGAACGCGUCAGCGCUUACGGCAACUGGACUCGCAACUCCCGCUCCCUCUGCGAAGAGGGAGCGCUCCGGAAACGCACCCAACGCCGAACCUCUCACUCCUGCGAAGAAGUCCAAAGUAGAUGCAUCGGCGUCGUUGAUCGCGGGGACGGGGAAGGAGGUGCGCAUUGAUGGUUCUCUGAAAAUUCUCAUCGUAUUGAUGCGCGCCAAGGUCACGAAUUUCGGACUCAUUCCUAUGUGGCUCAAAGCUCAGCGUCCAGAGGUCUUCGGCGAAGCUCAAGCCGGCGUGUCGGAGAACAUCAAUAAAUUCGCCUCUACAGUUCCUGCAAACCAAUCCAAGGCCAUUCAGUCUUCGCCACCGGUUUCCCCACCGUCAACUCCUUCGCCGUUACCGGGAACCACUCCCCCUGCUCUGGCGGGAUCACCGUCGUCGGACUUGAACAACUUGAACAAGUCUUCUAGCAGCGAUACAGUUGUCAGCCCGUCGAGCCAAACACCUGUUGACACUUCAAGCGGUACAUCGACGAUGCCCGCUACAGCGCAGGGAAGCCAGCAAGUGUCGGUUGAGCGGCAGCUGCCGUCUCCCUACGAUGCUGAGAAGGCCCCCGACUGGCGCACGGCACCCCUGUGGACGUACUCCGUACUCCAGAAGGCCGGCAUCGACAAGCAGGGCGCCAUCCGAUAUGUGAGGCUCGGAUUGAUCAAGGAGUUUUUGGCAGCGUCCGGAGACGACCCGUACGGGCAGGACUCCCAUCUCAUCCUCAACCUCACCAACCCCUUCUCCGCGAUCAUCUGUGGCGCCCGCGACGCCCCCACCUCCCGCAUCACGCGCACCCUCCUCGAACACCUCCUCACCCGGCAUGGGCAGCGCUGUGAGAAGUCUCGCCUCGGCCUCGUCCUCCGCCUCGCGCCCGACGACCCUGCCCCGCGCCGCAUCUCCGCGCUCUCGAACGCGGGCGAGGGCUUCGUGCACCCGCCGACGGUGGACGUGUUCGUGGAGCCGCGGUUCGUCGACGACGUGCGCGACCGGUACGAGGUGGAGGACCUGCAGUAUAUGGUCACGGUCCGCGCGCUGUGCGUCCCGGCGAACUACUUCGACGACGUGAGCUUUGUGCGGAAUGCGUUUGCGGCAUCGGGGGAUCGCCUGCCCGCGAAGGCGAGGUCAUUGGCGAGGGCUGCAAUCAACGCCGUCGUCGCAGGCGGCCGAGCGUUCGAGUUCGCGACCUUCAAGCGCGAGAUCGCGCGGCUCACGAAGGACGUUCCACUCGACGAGACUGCCGAGCUCCACGAGCGCAUCCGCGUCAUCGAGUCGUUCUUUGCGCGCCCGGGGCAAACGUCGGACGUGGCGUCAAUGUUCGCGCGCGAGCUGACCGUCGUCGACUUGUGGGAUGCGGGCGUGUGCGAGGAAGUGCGGCUGGCGAUGGCGGAGUUGAUCGUCCGGAAGUUCGUGAGCGCGCAGCCGGAGAGGGCAGGCGUGCCGCUGUUUGACGAUAAGGUGCUUGUGGUGGAAGAGUACGAUCGGAUCUCGGGGAGAACGGCGGUGCUGCGCGAUACGUUGGUUCGCGUCAUGCGCGAGAAGGAGGCGAACCGGACGACGGUCCUUCUGGAUAUGUCGGACCCGACGAUGCUCACCCGCCCUCUGUGCACGACGGCCGACAUGUCCAUCUUCCAUCGCCAGUCCGCAAUUCUAUGGCCCUCCCACGUCCUCCUUCCCAUCCUUGGUCCCAUUGACUUGCCGCUAUUUGAACACCGCUUUGCUAGGCUGACGGCGAAGGAGGCCAUGGUCUGCGCCCCGAACAUGCUCGUUGGGAAGUCGACGAGCCCCGGCGCGGCCUAUCUGGGCGCAGACCUCAUGAAGGUCAUCUUCAAGUAGACCUUCGACCACCAACACGUCUCAGUACACGCUCUCCUCUCGGUCGCUUAUCGACUUUCUCAUUCUCGUUCGUCUUCUUGCUGUGCACUUGUUCCUCUUCUUGUUGUGUAACUCGUCCGCUGCUCGUACCAUCUUCUUGACUAUCUAUCUGCUGCAUCUUGCUUGUCUUCGUCGCUUUCUUGGUCUUCUCCCCUCGUCGUAUUGCAUCUUUCGUACAUUAUAUCUCAUCUACUGCCCGCUCGACGGACGAUCUUCUUGGUGUUCUGGCUCGAACUAUGCGUCGUGUACAUGUAUCUCUAUCCGUUCUUGGCAUCUUUACCAUAUCGUGGUGUUUUUCUAUGGUCCCCAUCGCACUCGCUGUAGAUCUUGGCUCGUCGUAUCAUACGCUAUACUAUAUCCUGCUCUUACUUCUUGAUCAACCUAGUCCAUCGUCGACACAUACCUAUCCGUCAUCGCGUAGCUUCUUCAAUGACCGCUGUUUCCUGUC